UUCUUGCAAUUAGUGAAAUGUAUUACUGAAAUUGAAAAACAAAUUAUUUUAAGCCAAUUUGGGCUAGUUUUAAGAUGCAUUUUGAUAAGAUGUAUCAAACCAUACGCAGGCUAUUUUACAAUCAAAUUAUUUUCCACACUAGCUGACAAUAGAUGCAUAUAAAUGUUUUAUAAACCACGUAUAAAUAAACCGUUUUGAAAUAAGAAUAGUGGGAGAGGUCAUCUUUCUUCUGUUUUUACCAGAUCGCAUCGUUUCUUUUCUUUGUAGUGUCCGUUUUCAUUAAGUGAUGUUAAUAAAUGCACUACUCUGUAUUUACAGUAUUUAAAUAAACAAGGGUGUUUAAAAAAUUGGCCUCUAAAAAUAAGUGGAAUACCAAACCAAUUUUGUUUGGCAACCACAAAACUAUCAGAUUCAGAUGUUUUUAAAAUUAGAAGAAAUCCUAGUUCUUUUUAUAUUUGCCAGCACCUCUGUCUUACAAGUAUCAGGAUGGAAUUUUCCCGAAGAAGCUGAUAAAACAGCAGGAGAACGUCGUGAAAAUUCUUAUGUUACCGAAAAAAGCCCUUCUGCUUAUGACAACUACGUUGGUGACGUAAUAUCUAACGGGAUUGCAAAUUUAACUCUAUCCAUAAAUAAUGCGCUUUGCAACGAUCGCUUUUCCAGCAGAAAAAAUAUUGUAUUUUCGCCUAUAAGCAUUGCAGGGGCACUAGCUUUAAUACUUCUGGGAGCAACCGGUUCAACUGAAGAUGAGAUUGCCCAUAUCUUGGGAAUAAUAUCAGGAACUAAUAUACAUAAUAAAACCCUAACUUUCCACGAACAUGUUGGAAAUCUCUUUAAUAAACUUCACAGAUCUGACUCUUUAGCUACAUUAACUAUGGCAAACGCCAUUUUUAUACAGGACGACUUUAAAAUAAGACAAACGUUUAAACAUAUUAGUGAGAUUUUAUAUAAAAGCGAAAUCCUAAACGUUAAUUUUAAAACCGAUUCAGUACGAGCUCGACAAACUAUUAAUGAUUGGGUUUCCGAAAAAACAAAUUCGAAAAUAAAAAGUAUUUUAGAUGAUUCUCCACCAGAAAAUACUAAAUUAGUUAUUGCGAAUGCGCUAUAUUUUAAAGGCCAAUGGGAAUUUCCUUUUUUUCAACGAGCUACAGCAAGGCGCCAAUUUUUUUUAAACGGAAGACAACAGAAAGAAACAGUAAUGGUUGAUAUGAUGGCAAAUAGUGGACUUUUCCCUUAUUACAAAGAUGAAUCAUUAAAUUGUGAAAUAAUGGGGUUCCCCUACAAGGGCAGCAAAAUGACGAUGUAUGUAGUAAUGCCAAAAGAUUCAAACGCAGAAAAUUUAAACACUCUUGAAAGUUCAUUAACGCCAUUCAAACUAAGAACAUUAAUCAAACAAACGAAACACACGGAUGCGGUAAUUCUAUUUCCGAAGAUGCAUUUGGAUAGCUUCAUAGAUCUUGGAUCAACUUUCCGCAGUUUGGGUUUACGCUCACUUUUCAACCCUUCAGAAGCCAAUUUGGCUCUAAUGACUGAGGGAGAAGACGUAUUCUCAUCUUUUCAAAAUAAACUACAUGCAACAAACGAUGUAAAUGUGACAACUUUCGACACGUUCGAGAAUUUAAGACAACUUACAAAUUCGAGAACUUUAAAAAAUCCAGGGCUUUAUGCGGAUAAAGCAAUUCAUAAAACCUUUAUGGAUAUAACAGAAACUGGAACGGAAGCUGCCGCAGCAACUUCAAUUAGUUUGGCAAGAAGUAGUGAUAAAGUAGUUUUUAGAGUUGACGUUCCUUUCUUCUUUUUUAUAAACGAUGACCUAACCAAAGUUAUUUUAUUUUGGGGUACUGUAUACAAGCCUACUCCUUAUUACUAGGUUAUUUAUUUUGUUACAUGCAUUUUUGUGUACCUGGUGUAAAUAAAUUCGUAAAUAGACCAAAAUUUUACGAUUUUUCAAAU